AUGAGCGGCGGUGGCAUGAGCGGCGGUGGCAUGAGCGGCGGUGGCAUGAGCGGCGGUGGCAUGAGCGGCGGUGGCAUGAGCGGCGGUGGCAUGAGCGGCGGUGGCAUGAGCGGCGGUGGCAUGAGCGGCGGUGGCAUGAGUGGCGGUGGCAUGAGUGACGGUUUCUGGGCUGUAGAAUCCUGGACACAAGGAACAAGGACGACUGAAGGCGCUGAACUCUGCUUUCCACUACUCCACAACCGUUCCUGCAGGAAACCUCCGUCUGAUGGCAUGCUUGUUAACGUUCUGCUGUAUUUCAUUUCUCUGCUCACUGCAGCUCUCAACCUGCUGGUCAUCAUCUCUAUCUCCCACUUCAGGCAGCUCCACAGCCCCACCAACCUCCUCAUCCUCUCCCUGGCUGUCUCAGAUUUCCUCGUGGGCCUUCUGCUGAUGCCGGUUGAUAUCCUUUUUGGAGAAACCUGCUGGUACCUGGGUGACUUCAUGUGUGCUCUGUUUAAUGUUAUCGAUUAUAUCAUUAUUUCUUCUUCGGUCGGAACUAUGGUGCUCAUAUCAAUUGAUCGUUAUUUGGCUAUUUGUGACCCUCUACAUUAUAACAUCAGAGUUACUCUGGACAGAACGAAGAUCUCUAUCUGCCUGUGUUGGAUUUUCUCUGUUGUUUACGGUAUUGUCAUGUUGAUGGAUUCUCUGAUACAUUAUGAUUCAGAUCGUAUCUGCUACGGAGAAUGUUUUAUUGUCCAUACUUAUAUCACAGGAGUUGUUGACCUUGUCCUCACCGUUAUCGCCCCCAUUACUAUCAUCAUAGUUCUGUAUAUGAGAAUAUUUGUGGUGGCUGUGUCUCAGGCUCAAGCCAUGCGGACCCACAUUGUAUCGGUCACACAACAGCGUCCAGUGGGUGUAACUGCUAAGAAAUCUGAGCUGAAAGCAGCCAGGACUCUUGGUGUUGUUGUGGUUGUGUUCCUGAUCUGCCUUUGUCCAUUAUACUUUUCUGCUUUUUCAGCCAUGAACCUAUCUUCGACAUUUGUAACCUGGCUGUUCUUUUGUAACUCUUCUCUGAACCCACUUAUUUAUGCCUUAUUUUACCCCUGGUUUAAAAAAUCUAUGAAACUCAUUUUAACAUUUAAGAUACUUCAGCCGGACUCUUGUGAUAUGACAAUACUUUAG